UGCCCGUAAGCAUGAGAAAAAAGAAACAGAACCCGACCGAACGGGCAUCUCUCUCCUCUCCACGAUCCACAUCCCCCCGUCGCGGUUUCCCCUUUCUCAAACCCUAGCGGCGGCGGCGGCGGCUGAGAACUUGCUAGCGGCGGCGGCGGAGAUUCGGCGUUAUGGAAGGUGGCGGUGCUGAGGAUGGAGAAGGUGCUGCGGAGGAUGGCCAGUGCGCGGCUGCGGAGGGGUCGGACCUUGGCGCUCCUGCGGAUCCAGCGACGGUGAGCCUUGGCGACGGCGGGGCUGCGGAGGGGUCGGGCCAGCGCGCGGCUACGGCUUCGGAGGGGCCGGGUCAGCGCACGUCUUUGGCAAGAUGUGGUGUCUCGGCUGCAGCAAUCACGGGCCAGGGCGGGGCAUGGGCUGAGGGCUCGACCGCCGGCGUGGCUGGAGGCUCAGGCCAUGGCACGGCUGGGUCGGGCUCGGCAGCAGCUGGAGGCUCAGGCCAUGGCACGGCUGGGUCAGGCCAGGGUGCAGCUCGGUUGGCCUCUGCUACAUGGGCGUGUCCAGAUGGGAUGGAUCCAAAUUCAAGUUAUUUGAUAAAAAUCGAAUUGUUUGGCAAUAAAAAAAAGCUCGAAAAGACAUCCGAUGUUUCUGUUUUGAGAAGAUCGUUGAUUGUGACUUGACAAACUAUAAGGAUUUCGUUGAAUCAA